AUGCCGACUCUUAUGUGGUUGCGCUCUGCUGCGGUUGUUGCUCUUGCGACACACGCUACUGCUCAGCAAUGCUACUACCCUGGUGGCAACAAGGCGCCGGACACAGAGAAGCCAUGUUCAUCAGAAGAAGGCUCUGCCUGCUGUCCGGACAAGUGGGAGUGUCUCGACAAUGGUCUCUGUCACUAUCCCGCCGACAACUUGUACGGCCGAUACAGCUGUACAGACAAGGACUGGAAAUCAGAAGGCUGUGCUUCGAACAUGUGCACAUACGGCAUGACCGUUAAAGGCGGCGAGUCGAUAACCCAGUGCUCCGACCAUGACGACCAGUGGUGCUGCAACGCAGACGCCCAGAACGUGAAUUGUUGCAAAGAAUCACCAUCACCGCGACCCUUCUUCGCGCUACAAGACGGCAAUGCGUAUGCGACCAUUGGCCAAAAUCAAGCUUCUACCCAACCCAACAUUGCGACUAUCACUGGCCUGGCGACGAGUGGCGGUGGAUCAGGAGGAGGAAACCAAGCAUCGAAGACGACAGCAGGAGGUUCUUCAGGCUCGCCCUCUACCGACGCACCAAACUCCGGUUCCGCAACUGCCACGGCCGACGACGCCUCAACCACAGCCACGCCCUUCAGUUCCGUCUUCCAAAGCCUCUCCACAAGUGCCGGCGGCGGCGUCGUCACAAUCCAAAAUACCGUCCUAGUAACCCCCACCCCAACCGCGGGCUCCAGCAACGCCAACAACGACUCCUCCUCCUCCUCCAACGGCGGCUCAAAAUCCAACCUCGGCCUCAUAAUCGGCUGCGCAGUCGGCAUCCCCCUCGCCCUCGCCCUCGUCGGCAUAAUCUUCUGGCUCCUCCGCAAGCGCCGCCAACAAAAAGCCAACCCCUACCACGACCCUGCCUCCGAAGUCGAAGGCGACAGCCCUCUUGUUGGUGGUGCUGCUGGAAAACUCAGCAAGAGCAAGAAGGAAACAUACCGCAACUCGCGCCCCGCGACCGCGGAAAUCGACGGGAACCCAAUUGGCGCGGGGCGCGCAAAUCGCGUCUCUGAAUUACCGUCUGGAAACGGGUUUCAACCGGGUCAUCAGGGCACGCCUUACGGACCCGACGCCGUUGGAAUCGGAGGCGGAAACGGCGAUCCGAAUAGGACGACUUGGGAUACUAUUCCACCGCAGUACUCACCGGCGAGUAAUCAGGCUGCGUUUGCGCAUGCUCAGCAUCCUGAGGCGACGGAGCUGGCGGAUACGAGUGUGCAUCCGGUGUUAAAUGAGAAGGGACAGCCGUAUCAGGCGUAUAGGCCGCCGCAGCCUGUGGCGGAGCUGCCGAGUGUGACGACGCCGCCGGAGGAUGUCGAGAAGCAGAUGCAUCAUCGGUAG